ACAAUGUUGGUGAUUCUUCUUUCCUGCUUUACACUAAUUCUAUCCAGUGUUCAUUCAGCACACUAUAUUCGACUUGGUUGUAUGAAAGAAAUUCCAGGACGACUUCUGAGAGCCAAGGCAGGAGUGUUAAAACUAAACAGUCCUUGGCACUGUGAGCAAUUCUGCCAAGGUUAUACAUAUUUUGGGGUUCAGUAUAGCAAGGAAUGUUUCUGUGGGAACCAGUUGAUUUUUCCUAUAACUCCGAGUACAGCAUGCACAAUGGCAUGUGAAGGGAACCGUCUAUUGGUCUGUGGUGGAAGCUAUGCUAUUGAUGUUUACCAAAGAGUUCCUUAAUCACUUUAUUAUCAGUCUUUA